CCCAUCGCCAUCCAUGUCGUCCAUCCUGUCGUCCACCCCCAGCCCACGACCCAACGAAAGCCGGAUUACAUCCCAUGCGUGCUGUAGGUAGAGUAAUCCUGCAUUUGCAUCGGCAGGCAAGCGGGGGAGACAGAGGCACGGGAGUCCCAAUCCCUCCUCGCGUACCUAGAGAGGUAACUGGUAAACAACUAUCCGACGGUCACCUUAGGCGGUUAUUAGAUUCGUUCCCUGCCUACCUACCUAGGUAGGUUAGGGACCUACCAACCACUACCUACCUCUAUCCCACCUAUACCUCUAGGCGGUUAGGCAGUAGGUAGGCCCCUGAGCUAGGCACCUAAAAUCCUCUAGGUGCUACUGUAUGCACAUACCUACAGAGUAGAGUACCUACCUACCUCUUAGGUACUCCCUGCGUACCCGCCCCGCCAGCCUGCCAACAGCACCAAGCGUCUUGUCGUCUUAGCCAAUCCUUCUACCGCCAGCAUCGGCCUCACUGCCCAAAUCUCGGCCGACGCCCACCCUCUUCUGUAUUUCAUCGUAUCGACCGGUGCCCGCCAGAACCCUCUCAGCACACCCCCCCCAACCCGCUAAGCCGGCUCGCUAGUCUCACCACCGACCAAGUUACCAAGUCCACUGACCCAAGUUACCACCAAGUCCCCCCCGUCCCACCAACCUCCCACAUGUCUCCGAAGACGAUACUGGUGACUGGCUGCUCGGCCGGCGGCAUUGGAGCUGCUGUCGCCCACGCGCUAGCCAAGCGGAAGCAUCACGUCUUCGCCACCGCUCGCACCGUGGCCAAAAUCCCCAGCGAGCUGUCCGGCCUCGACAACGUCACCGUCCUCGCGCUCGACGUCACCUCGGCCGCGUCCAUCGCCGCCGCCGUCAAGGCCGUCGAGGAGAGCGGCGGCGGGCUCGACGUGCUCUUCAACAACGCCGGCGCCGGCUACGCCAUGCCCGUCCUCGACGUCGACAUCGAUAAGGCCCGCGCCCUCUACGAAACCAACGUCUGGGGCCCCGUCCGCACCAUACAGGCCUUUGCUAAGCUGCUGAUCGCGAGCCGCGGCCGCAUCGUCAACCUCAGCACCUGCGGCUCCGUCGUGAACACGCCGUGGAUAUCCACGUACUCCUCCUCCAAGGCCGCUCUCAACAUCAUAUCCGAGACGCUGCGGCUCGAGCUCUCGCCGUUCGGCGUCAGCGUCGUAACGGUCAUGGCCGGCGUCGUCGACAGCGAGUUCCACCACAACGACCCCGACUUCCAGCUGCCGCCCGGCUCGCUCUACCUGCCCAUCCAGGCCACCAUCGCCGGCUGGGCCAGCGGCGAGCUCAAGCCCAAGGGCAUCCCCGCUGCCCAGUUCGCCGAGUCCCUCGUAGACGACACCGUCGGCGCCGGCAAGGGCGGCCUAGUCUGGCGAGGCCCCCAUUCCGGCGGCAUCAAGUUCAUCUCCCAGUGGGCCCCGACCUUUGUAACAGACGCCGCGAUGAGCUAUAACCAAGGAUUAAGCGAGCUCAAGAAAUAGGUAGGUACUAGGCAAGAGAGAGGGGGAGAGGACAGGGUUGGUGUAGCAGGGUAUGGUAUUUUGGAGCUACCAUCACGAUGAAUUGAUGGUAGGUAAUCGCAACAGGCUCACGGCGGGUUCAUAGUAAUAAUAAGUAUUGGGAAUGGCUACUGAUAGGUGCAAGUGAACGAGAUGAGCUGACGGGACAGAUGACGCUGGAUAUUUUGUAGAUAGACUAGCCGACAUAGGUAUACCUAACCUACCUUUUACGGGAGAACCCCUAUUCCGCGCUCUAUGACGGAUUCCAUAGCUACCCGUAGGUAGGUAGGUACCUACGUAUAGGCACCCCCCACUUGCCAUUAGCUAGUGGACAUGCCUGUAAAUCUGCUUAUUUAGGGGUGCAC